AUGGCGACCCCGGAUCGGAGGCCGCGGAAUUUAAAUAGAUUAAUGUUAUCUUCUCCAAGAAAGUAUCACCCAUAUUCCAAGCAAAUUCGUAAAGGUGCUAACGAGGCGUUUGACAGAAUAUAUGCCUGUGUAUACGGACAUUGUGCAGGGGAUGCCAUUGGACUGUUGACUGAGACAUUGUCUAAGUCGGAUGCCAGAAAGCGAUACAGGGAGGUGUAUAAGAAUCUUGAGUACAUCCACAAAAAAAUUGUCUCUGAUAUACACAGACGGAAAUGGCUCAUUGGGGAAUGGACGGACGAGUCCGACAUGAUGAUUCUCAUUCUCCGGACCAUCAUCAUGAACAAAGGAGAGGUGAAACCUCAUUAUUUUGCUCGUUGUCUCAUGGAAUGGUCAGAGAAGGGAUUUCCUGAGUUGGAUGAUGUGUGUGGUAAUGGAAUCUGUCCACAGAUUAAGGCUGUCAUUUCUCACUCACAAUUCUCAGAGGAACCAGAAAAGGCGGCUGAAAUACUGUGGCGAGACUCUGGCAAACUGACGGCCACAAACAGUGCUCUGUCUAGGACGGCCAUAUUGGGAACUCUUCACUACAACGCCAUAGGAACUGUGAUAAAGAACACGCUGGAUAUCUGUAAUAUCACCCAUCCAGAUCCAAGAUGCCAAGCCUCAUGUGUUGCAUUAACAACAACAAUAGCUCUACUCGUUCAGAAGAAUGAGCGACAGAUCAAGAAGAGUGGGAGUUACGACGUAGAGGCUGUAGUGGACGAGUCAUUUACUUACGCAUCCAAAAUCCUCGUCACCUACGCAGAGGUGAAAGAAUUGAAGCGAGCUAUGCAUCCAUCCAGUCUAAAAGAACUGAAGUUAGAUGAGCCAGGAAAAGCGAAUUACACGUACAAAACCCUGGGAGCAGGCUUCUGGGCAUUACGACAGAAAGACUUCCGUGAGGCGAUUCAAGAUGUUGUUUUAGAGGGAGGAGACUCGGAUGCCAAUGCGGCUGUGGCGGGGGCUCUCCUGGGCUGUAAGCUAGGACUGGGGGCCAUCCCCAGGUCAUGGAGGGAAAACCUGGCCCACAAAGAGUGGCUUGAUACUCUGAUGGACAGGUAUUUUGACAUUCAUGAAGGAAGACACCUGAAGAGAGAAACAACCCUGUGAUGCAGAUUAUUCUAUUCCAGUGUGAUAUUAUUGUUAUUAUACAUUGUACAUGUAUUUAUGAUAUUGUGUAAAGUAUAUACAUUUUAUUGGUGCAAUUGAUUACUAGUACCUAAAAUUUUAUUUUAUCUUUCCAAUUUUAAAAAUUCUGUAUCUUCCAUUUUUUUAUUACUGUUUGAAACUGCAUUUUAUAUUCAAGAAAAAAAAUUAUGCUUUUAUUUGGGUUUCAUUUUGUUAAUUCAGAAAACAAUAUUGUCUUUGUAUAAUUCUUGAUUUUAACAUGACAUCUUUUUGUUUUCUGAUGUACAAUUCAUUCCUACUUUUUAGGAGUGAUUUGUCUGAUCAAAAGUUGUCACUUCUCCUUGUAAAUUAACGGCUGAACAUUUUACAAACUUUUUAACUUUUUUGACCUGUACAAACUUCAAAACGAUGCUGCCUAUCCAUCAAGUUUUAAGCUUUCACACCUUUAUAAGAUAAGCCCUGCCAUCACCUGAGAUUUACCACCCGGUAAAAAUGUUCGGCCUUUAUGGUGAUACAGAGAACCAUAUGAUAGGAGGUGUCUGCUGGUUUUAAACAGACUGAGUUUUCAUUUGUUUUUACAAAGUUUUGGUUGUGCAAGUCUUCAGGUCAGUGCUUUGACACAAGGCUUGCAAGCUUGUGGAGACUGCCUACCAAUGUAUUGUAUGAACACCCAAAAAGGUUGUUGAUGUUGAUAGUUGUUGUUGACAGUUUAUAUGCUACUGGUACUUAUGUACAUUGUUGAAUUGGAGAGAGAGAGAGAGAGAAUGAAUGAAUGAGAGAAAACAUUCCAUUUAAUGUGCUAUACACAUUAAACAUGACAGUAUUUUUAUAAAGCUAUUCUUAUACAUGCUAAUUGGAAACCAAAUUACUUUGAUAGUAUUGAUAUAUUGAAUACUAUAUUUUUGUACAUAUAUUACCUGGUACAUUAAUGAUAGAAUAAACUGGAUAGCUAUACCAAAUUUUCACAAACAUAAACUCGACUGAACUGAUUCAACUUAGGUUAAAAUGUUUGCUAAUAUUAAAUAAAUAGCAUUCAUUACACUCCUACAUGUAGGUCACAAAUUCACAUCUGAUCAGUGCUGCAUAUUAGAUUUUGCUGUACAUUCACUGUGUUUUUGAUUUAAUUCAUGUAUAUUCAUCAAUAUAAAGCAUUCCUGUGAAUUGUACUUAUUGUUAAAUGCUUAUAUUUGGCACUCAAAA